GACAAGAGACAGAAAAAGAGACAAAAGACAAGAGAGACAAGAGACAACAAGAGACAAAAGACAAGACAAAAGACAGAAGACAAGACAAGAGACACAAGAGACAAAGAGACAACAAGAGACAGACAAAAGACAACAGGAGACAAAGACAAGAGACAAAAGACAAGAGACAAAGACAACAGGAGACAA